CGCAUCGUGUUUGAUUGCCCCGGCUGCUGCUGCUGCUGCUGCUGCUGCUGCGCCCGGAUCACCGGCAGGCGCGGAGGACAGGCGAAAAGUGCGCAGCGAGGAUCUAAAAGGACCCAGAAAGGAGAGGAGCAGAGGGAAGGAACAGGGGCCGACGGGAGGAGCGCACCAUGGCCUCAAAGGAGACCACAGCGGCGGGGUUCAUCAACGUCAGCAGGGAAAUCACAGAGAGCAUCAGGAGAGUGCUGGACAAGCAGGCCAUCAAGUUUGUGCGAGCCGUUAAACAGGACACAAGGAGUGGCAAAUCAGAGGACAGGAUUCUGGUCCUGGCAACAUGGAGACUGUAUCUCUUUGCUGUCAAAGUGCCCACCAAGAUGGAGGUCACGUUCAACUUCUUGGAGAUCCGAGCGAUGAAUACCUAUCCAGAACACCAGGUUGUCAUCGACACAGACAAGACCACCUACUCACUGAGAGUGCAGACGCAGGACCAGCUGGAUCACAUGGUCAACCACAUCAACUACGCCCUCUCCCGGGUUUUCAACAACUCCAUUUACGCUCCCCCUAUCUGUCGAGCAGAGGGAGAGAUGGCCGAUGGAAGCCACAAGUUUUCACCAAACUCCGAAUCCUCUCUGGACACGCAGAAAACCUGCGGUGGUUUUUCCGAAACCUAUGCGGCUCUGUGUGACUACAAUGGGAUUGGCUGCAAAGAGGAAGUGCAGUGGGAUGUUGACACAAUCUACCACUCUCAGGACAACAGGGAGUUCAACCUACUGGAUUUCAGCCAUCUUGACAGCAGGGACUUGGCGGUGAUUGUGGCGUCGAUGGCAUACAACACAUGGUUCACCAAGCUGUACUGCAAAGACAUGCGCAUAGGAUCAGAGGUGGUGGAUCAGGUUCUGCACACCGUCAGCAAGUCCAACAGUCUGGAGGAGCUCACCCUGGAGAACGCCGGGCUCAAAUCGGAUUUUCCCCAGAAGAUGGCGUCGGCCCUGUCAGAGAACCCAGCCUCUGUGAUUCACUCUCUCAACCUGGCACAUAACACGCUCGACAACCAAGGAGUCUCCAACCUGAUCCAACAAGUGUGUCGCCUCAACAAGGGCCUGCGCCUCCUCAAUCUUUCUAAGACCUCCCUCUCCUCCAAGGGUGUGGUUUCUCUGUCCCAGGCGUUGUGUUCAAGUGACGACUACUCCAACUCUCUCCUCCAUCUGGACCUCAGCAAGAACCCCGGGGUUCUGUCUGGAGAGGACGCUACGAACCUGUACCUGUUCCUCGCCCAGCCCAACUGCCUGGUCCACUUGGACCUAUCUGGGACAGACUGCACCGUGGACUCGUUGUUCGGAGCCUUGCUGCGAGGCUGCUGUGCCGACCUCUCCUACCUGAACCUGUCCAAGAACUCCUUCUCUCACAGGAAAGCAAGGGAUUCCCUGCCAACCUUCCGCCAGUUCUUUAGCUCAGCGUUCAGCCUGACCCACGUCAGCCUGGCCUCCAUGAAGGUCCCUCCUGAUUCUCUUAGAGCUCUGUUCUUAGGCCUGUCCAAUAACCCUCAUAUCACCGACCUCCACCUGGACAUCAGCAGCUGUGAGCUGAGGUCGGCAGGUGCUGGCGUGAUUCAGGAGUUGUUUCCUCGAGUUUCAUGUGUGGGGACCCUGGACAUAUCGGAUAAUGGUUUAGAUGCUGACUUACUGGCCGUCAUCCCAUCCUUCUCCAGACACCCGUCCCUCAAACACCUGAUGCUGGGGAAGAACUUCAACACCAAGGGCAGGGUGUUGGAUGAAACUCUGCAGAAACUAGUUCAGCUGGUGCAAGAGGAAGAGUGUGCCCUGCAGUCCCUCUCCCUGGCCGACUCUAGGCUUCGCCAGCGGGGGACAGUGCUGGUCAACGCCCUGGGUUCGAACGCCUGUCUGCGCAGGGUGGACCUCAGCGGCAACAGCCUGGAGGACCCCGGAGCGAAGAUGCUCAGCAAGGCCCUGCAGAUCAACACCACUCUCAGGAGUGUGACGUGGGAUCGGAACAACACCACAGCGACAGGCUUCCAAGAUGUGGCGAGAGCCUUGGAGCAUAACUUCACACUGCAGUACAUGCCCCUCCCCCUCAGUGAUGUCACACAAGCGCACCGCAGCGCCCCAGAGAAGACAGACCAAGCUUUGACCAAGAUCCAACGUGCUCUGCUAAGGAACAACCAGACUCAGCGCUUCUCUCAGAAACAGGCUCUCAGACUGCACCAAGGCCUCGUUACAAGCACAGCUGAACAGGUGAUGGAGCGUCUGUGUGUGCGCGUGCAGCAGCAGGUGUGUGUCCUGAGAGGCUGUGAGGAAGGAGAGGAAGUCCAGGGCGCAAGGCAAAUCCUCAAAGAGGCCAGGAACUCGAGAGCUCUGUAUCCGUCUCUGUGUGAGCUGGCCCAUGUGCUGUCAGUGGACGGCCCCGUCAAACAGAGGCUGGACACACUGGCUGGAGAACUGGCCAAAGCUGCUGACAAGGAGCUACAGGUGAUAGUGGACUCCAUGGUGUCUCUGUGCCGUGAGCUCUGUCCCAUGUCCUGCUCCGCCGCCGAGAGGCUGAACCCGCCUCUCUCCUCCAUCUCUGAGCAAGUUUCCAUCCCUCGCUCCGCCAUCCGCAACGCCCUGAUGGAGAGAGCCGCCGAGGAUAUCAACAGAGCUCUCGAGGAAGUGAAGUUGUCUGUGGUUUCCUAUCUAACCAACUCUAUAGUGGAUCAGAUUCUCCAAGAGCUCUAUACCACUCAUAAAACACUGGUACUGCUGCGGCAGGUGUCCCAGGCGAAGCGUUGGGAUGAUGUUGGGACGGGCAGACGCACCAUGAGACAGUCCAAAAUCGUAGAGUCUCUGGAAUUCCCUGAUGAGGACUUGGCUGUCAACCUGGGAAUAGACACUAUGGCUAUCAAGAAGCGGAGUUCCAGGACAAGAAGGAUUCGUCCCGUCUCCACCAGACUGAGCCUUGGUGAUGACCCCAGCUCCUCCCCUACCCCGUCUGCUCCAGCCCUCUCUGCCCCCUUGUCCCGGUCGGCAUCGUGGGAGUGCCUGUCCACCCUUCCCACCAAUGGCUCACCCUUGCGUCACGUGACCCAUGUCAGGCCACGCCCUCCACGGAGACACAGGACAGGGUAUCUUCCACCAGAGUCUCAUUGCUCAGAGAACGGAGGAGUCAGUGUGCUGGAGGAUGGAUUGCCUGAUUUCUACAGCAAGAGAGUGCUGCCUGACAGUCAGCUGUCAUCGCUCCAUCAGGCCCAGUCACUGAGGAGGAAGAAGAGACGUAGUGUGUUGUCUAUUUUCUCUGGCUUCCGCAAGAACCGCAACUCCACCAUAUCCAAUCAGGACACAGACAGCACCUCAGAGAACGUCUAUUCGAUGAUUCAACACCCUAAGGAUCCUGGGAGGGCAGAGUCUGCGGUUCCGGGGGCAAAUGGGACCAUGCCUUCGCCUCGACCAACGCCAGGCUUGCCGAUGCAUGGGAUGCGGGGUGCCAGCCCACCCUGCCUCAUCCAGAGACAGUCCACAGACCUGGUCAGCAUGGUGUACAGCUGCAUCGGGGCUGAAAUCGAAGACUCGGAUGCCAGCAGCACCUGUGACACCAAGCCGACAGACCAAGACACUGACAGAUCUACCGGUGUCCCAGAUGCCCCAACAGACGUCCGAACCAAUGGCCACGUGGUCUCCUCUGAGCGGCAGACGGACAGACAGCCGGAGGCAGGCAGACAAGAGAGGAUUCUGCCACUGACGGACCCACGGACAGAGAUGGAGGAGGACGGACAGAGCAUCAGUAGUGGCGGAGCCUCCUAUGGGCUGAGGCCAGAACCACCACCACAGAGCUGCAAGCCCAGUCUGGCUGCCAUGAGGCAGAGACACCUUCAGGAGAGUUUAGAAGAAGCAGGAAGGCAGGAUGGAGAAAGGGAAGAGGACCAAGGUGACAGAAAGCGUGAAGAGAAGCAGAGACCAAGAGGUGCAGAGGGACAGCGUCCGCCUCUUCCCAAUAAGCCCAGUCUAGAGCUAUCAAGAGAAAGAGAGACCUCCCCAGAAGAGGCAAAGAGCUCUCCGAACACCUCACCUGUCACACCAGAUGAAGAGCCAACCAAUGAUAAGAAGAACCUGCCUCCUGCCAAAUCUACUUUUGAAUGUUCCACUGCUCCCGUCAUUCAGGAGGGGACCAAUGACAGGACGAGCCCGCCCUGUGUGCCCCCAGCAUCUGCCAAGCCUGGGACAGAGUCAGGAGAUCAAGCUGCCACUGAAGAUGGGGAAGAAGGAACCAACGGAUUCCCAGCAAUGUCACAUCACAACAGGAAAGCAAAUUCAUUUGAUAUAGGCAUGGAACAGGACAGCCCCAGUGAUCUGGAGAGGUCCUCAGAUCGCAAAUACCCUGUGAAAAAGCUCUGCUUCCCCCAGUACAGAAAUAGAUCUCUGGACUACCCUGCUGGGACCAGGUGUCACGACAGUCCCCAGCUUGGCAACAGAGAUGUGUUAUGACAUUACCCGUGGACAAGGGGAAGCUUGGUGCGAAGAGAAUACUGCAAAACGGAGGACUGGACGGAGACGAGCUUUUAAAACUCUGCAGACUCCAGUGGUGGUUUUUUUGUUGAUACAUGUAGACAUUUGUUGAUGAACGUGCAUGUAUGCUUUUAAUUGGUUGCACUUGUAUGUUUUUUCUCAGGCAUAAGGAAUACCUUACUUACAUAAAUACCAUUGUGGAGGCGCACAUGCACACACACACACAGUAGGACAACAUUUCUCCAGGAUGCUCAUAAACUGUUUUAUGCAUUUCUUAAUGUGCGAAAUCAUUUAAUAUUGAAAAUUCCCCAUGUGUCUCAUCCCCUCCCUGUCUUUUACUGACAAUCUGUGACUCUGCAGCUGUAAGAGUGAGUUUGUAUUUAUUCUAAUCUGUAAAUACUGAAUAUAAAUCCGCUAACUGCACUAACCAUUGUGGUAAAUCUAACGGUUAACAAUCAUGUUUUUAUUUGUGGUACUAUAUAAUUCAUUUGAUAAGUGUGUUGUAAGUAUGCUUUUGGUGUAUGCUGACAAUGAAAACUGAGAAAUGUGAAUCAUGCACUUACCAUUCCCAGUCUGUAAGAGUAUUGAGUUCAGUCAGUGAAUCACUUAGUUUUAAUCUGAUUUUACAGGCCUGAAAAUGAGUAUAUUUUCUAAAAAUGCUUCUAUGAAUCAGAAUAAAUAAAAAAAAAAC